UUGUAUUAUCAUCAUCCUUAACAUGAAGAUUCCUACUAUUGCUGCUAUUUUAGGUCUUGCUGCCCUUACUUCUGCUGAAGUCUUUUUACAUGAAACUUUCUCUGAUGGUGAAGGUUGGACUAAGCGUUGGACUCCUUCUACUCAUCGUGCCGAUUUGGGUACCUUUGAAGUCUCUUCUGGAAAAUGGUCUGUGGAUACUGAAAAGAAUGCUGGUCUUCGCACAACUGAAGAUUAUCGAUUCUAUGCUACUUCUACUAAGUUCAAUAAGACUUUCGAUAAUAAGGAUAAGGAAUUUGUUGUUCAAUUUGACGUGAAGAAUGAACAAAACAUUGAUUGUGGUGGAAGUUAUGUAAAGAUCUUCUCUGACAAAUUCGAACCUACCACAUUCAACGGUGACAGUGAAUACAACAUCAUGUUUGGUCCUGAUAUUUGUGGUACCAAGGCUAUUGUACAUGCUAUUCUCCAAUAUAAGGGAAAGAAUUAUGAUCUCAAGAAGACUGUUGCUGCUCCCACUGAUGUUUACACUCAUACUUAUACUCUCAGCAUCAAGCCUGAUCAAACUUAUCAAAUCUUGGUGGAUGGGGAAGAAAAGGCUGCUGGCAAGCUUGAAGAAGAUUGGGACUUUUUACCCCCCAAGACCAUUAAAGAUCCUGAAGCCUCUAAGCCUGCUGAUUGGGUAGAUGAAGCUGAAAUUGAUGAUCCUUCUGAUGUCAAGCCUGAAGAUUGGGAUAGUAUUCCUGAAUUUAUUCCAGAUCCUGAAGCGACCAAGCCUGAAGAUUGGGAUGAUGAUAUGGAUGGCGAAUGGGAAGCUCCUUCUAUCACUAAUCCUGAAUACAAGGGAGUUUGGACACCAAAACGUAUUCCUAAUCCUGAAUACAAGGGUGCUUGGGAACAUCCUGAAAUUGACAAUCCCGAAUACAAGUUGGAUGACUCUAUUUAUCAUUAUACUUUCGACAAUCUUGGUUUCGAUUUAUGGCAAGUCAAGGCUGGUACUAUUUUCAACAACAUUUUAGUGACUGAUGAUGCUACUGAAGCUAAGAAAUUACGCGAUGAAUCUUUGGCUUUGGCAAAGGAAGAAGUUAAGGCAAAGGAAGCUUAUGAUGAACAAGAAAAGGCUAAACUCGAAGCUGAAAAACCUGAACAACCAUCAUCAAAAGAAACCGAAGAACCCAUUGAAAUCGAUUUGGACGACCUUUCUGUGGAAUCUGAUACCAAGCCUGUAGAAAAGAAGGAAGAAGAAGUUAAGGAAGAAGUCAAGGAAGAAGUUAAGGAAACCAAGCCUAUCAAGGACGAAUUGUAGAUAUCCCCAAUCCCCUUUUCUUAAUAUAAUCAUACAUACACAAUUACAUAUAUUUUGUCACUCUCUCUCAUCGCUUUUUAGUUUUAGUUUUUAUUUUAUCGUUUAAAAAAACUCAUUUUGUUUAGUAUCAAUAAUAUUAUAAAAAGUAAAUAAAAAAAUAAACAAACAAAUUGAAUUUAU